GGGACCGAGACCGAGAUUAGGAUCGGGACCGGGGAGCAGGGGCAGGGGUGGAGUGUCCCGUGUCCCCGGCGCAGCGAGGGCCGCUUGCCCCGGUGGCCGCCGGCGGCGGUUCCCCGCUGCCCGCGCCGCCGGCUCCGCGGGGCCCGAGUCCCGUUCGGCGCCGCCGCAGCUCUGAGCGCAGCAGAUCCGCAGCUGCUGCAAGUCCCCGGAGCCCCGAACGGGCCGGGCUGGUGAAUGUGGGGGUGUCAGAGCUCGUGAGGCAGAAACUGAAGUUCCAGCCCCGCUGAUGUGCGCACACCCGGUACCGGGGUGAGCCGCUCCUGCUCGGUGGGUUGGUGUCACGGGCACAUCUGGACAGAUGUGCAGAGGCCGUGCUGACACCGCGGGCACGGGCUGGCAGCCCCCGAGCCCUUCCCGUGGCAUUUGCCCGGUGGUCGCGGCAGAUCCCCAGGGCUGGCUGCCGCCCGCAUCACGCAGGUGCCGCCUUGUCCCCAGAGCUGCCACUUAGACCUGAAUGCCUUUGGGUUUCGCCCGCCGAGCUGCCCGGCUGCCUUUCUCUCCUCCAGGUGGGUCAGAGAGGAGCUGUGAGCGAUGGCUGUGGCGCUGCGCUGCCUCCGUCCUCUCCCGUCCCUGCUGCUCCGUUCCUCCUUUGCCGGGGCCGGGGGGCUGCCCCGGGCUCCCGGAGGCUGCCCAGCCCCUCUCCUGGAGGGCUGCAGGCAGUGUGUCCAGCAGAUGCUGCUGAGCAGGCAGCUGGCUACCAAAAAAGCUAAAGGUAAAGGGCAGAGUCAAGCCAAAGUGAAUAUCAGUGCUGCCCUAGUUGAGGAUAUUAUCAAUUUGGAGGAAACCAAUGAAGACAUGCAGGCAGUCAUAGAAGCUCUGAAAGAAGAUUUCAGCAGAAAUCUCAGUGUUAGAACCUCACCAGGGGCCCUGGAUCACAUAACUGUGGUGACAAAAGAUGGGAAGUUUCCGCUGAACCAGCUGGGGCAGAUCUUACAGAAGUCACCGCAGCUCAUGAUAGUGAACAUGACCAGUUUUCCUGAGAGCACAGCUGCAGCUGCAAAGGCUAUAAGGGAGAGUGGCAUGAACCUGAACCCAGAGGUGGACGGGACGGUGAUUCGGGUGCCAGUUCCCAAGGUCACGAGGGAGCACAGGGAGAGCCUGGCCAAGCUGGCCAAGCAGUUCACCAACAAGUCCAAAGAGGCCCUGAGAAAGGUGAGAAGCAAAAGCAUCACUCAAGUAAAGAAGUCCAAGAACAAAGUGUCAGAAGAUACCAUCUGGCUGCUAGAAAAGCAGAUCCAGCAAAUGGCAGAUGAAGCUGCCACGGAGAUGGACAAGCUGCUGGCAGCAAAGACCAAGGAGCUGCUUGGAUAAACACCAUCCCAAUGGCCACACUGCCCCUGGAGCAGGAAUGGACUGCCACAGCCCCAGCACCCACCCCUGCCCGGGGCCAGCAGCCUUGGGGUGUGCUGCAGGGAGGGGGGAGCUCUCCCUGCUGUCCUUUAUCCAGCUGGGAACAGAAUUGGAUGAAGUGAGAUCGAAAAUAAAAUAUCAGGAAGGAGAACUGGAAACUGCUGGAGGCCCAGAGGAAGGGCUGCCCUGCUCACUUUUGUGCCCCAUCUUUACCCCACACCUUCAGCCCCCUGGAGCCAGGGCCACCCACGAGAGGAGCCUGCCUGUCCUGCUGCAAACCUCAGCAUUUAUUUCUGCUUGAAAUAAAGUCAAAACGAGGUGUGGAGCAGCAGCCUCACGACAGCCAGGUCCUGGUUGCUGUGUUCCCUUG